AUGGAUCCCAACUUCGUGCAAGGACUUCACACUCUCCUCGUUCAGUCUACCGCGAACGAUACGGUGCAGCUCAAAGCUGCCACCGCCCAGCUCAACCGAGAGUAUUACAAAAAACCAGCAUGCAUACCCGCUCUUGCUAACAUCAUCGCGAGCUCGCCUGACCAGGGCGUCCGUCAACUCGCCGCUGUAGAACUACGCAAGCGGGUUGCUCUUGCUAGUGGCGAACUAUGGCUUGCAAUCUCACAAAGUGACCGGGAACAAAUCAAGGCUAAGCUGCCUGAGCUCGUCCUCUCGGAUCCCAGCAAUCUCGUCCGGCAUUCGACCGCGCGUGUCAUCGCAGCUAUUGCAGGCAUCGAGAUCCCUGUAGGGCAAUGGCAAUCCCUCCUUCCUUUCCUCCAGCAGACAUGCACGUCCGCUACCGCUUCGCACCGCGAAGUCGGCAUCUAUAUCCUUUAUACGGUGCUCGAGAACAUCGUUGAAGGCUUCGAGAACCACCUCAAGGAGCUCUUUACGCUGUUUGGUGCGCUGUUGAACGACCCUGAAAGCCUUGAGGUCAGGAUCACUACUGUCCGCGCUCUCGGUGUCAUAGCGCAAUACAUUGAUCAAGAUGAUAAGGAAGACAUCAAAGCGUUCCAGAGCAUGCUUCCUGCGAUGAUCACAACGAUUGGCCAGUGCGUCGAGGGUGGAAACGAGCCGGGCGCGCGGCAGUUAUUCGAUGUGCUCGAAACGCUGUUGAUCCUCGAGACACCUUUGCUCGGUCAACAUAUCCCGCAGCUUGUCCAAUUCCUCUUGACAUGUGGCGCUAACAGGACCUUCGAGAAUGAGCUGCGCGUGCUUGCUCUGAACGCCCUCAACUGGACCGUGCAGUACAAAAAGUCGAAGGUGCAGGCGAAUAACAUCGCGCCUGUCAUCCUCGAGGGCCUCAUGCCCAUUGCGACGGAGCCUGAGCCCGAGGAUGCUGAUGAGGAUGCUCCCUCCCGCUCCGCUCUCCGCAUCGUCGACUGCCUGGCGACUAACCUUCCGCCCACGCAGGUGUUCCCUCCUCUCCGGAACCUCAUCCAGCAGUACUUCUCGUCGCCUGAUCCGACCUUCCGUCGGGGCGCGAUGCUCGCGCUCGGCGUGUCUGUGGAGGGCUGCAGCGAAUUCAUGACCCCGCUCAUGCCGCAGGUAUGGCCGAUGAUCGAGGUCGGCCUGCACGACUCCGAUGGGCAGGUGCGCAAGGCGAGCUGCAUCGCGGUCAGUUGCUUGUGCGAGUGGCUCGAGGAGGAGUGCGCGUCGAAGCACGCGGUGCUCGUGCCGACUAUUAUGCAGCUCGUGAACGACCCCGCUACGCAACGCAACGCGUGCACCGCGCUCGACGCGCUGCUCGAGGUCAUGCACGAGACGAUUGGGACGUACCUCGAGAUGAUCAUGCAGCAGAUGGUCGGCCUGCUCGACACUGCGCCGAUCCCCGUCAAGUCGGUCGUGAUCGGCGCCAUCGGCAGCGCCGCGCACGCGUCUGGCGACAAGUUCCUCCCGUACUUCCCCAGCAUCAUGGAGCGCUUCAAGCACUUCCUGGUCCUCCGCGGCGAGGGCGAGGAACAGGAGCUUCGGGGAAUCACCAUGGACGCCGUCGGCACGUUCGCGGAGGCGGUCGGCAAGGAGCACUUCAGCCCAUACGUGACUGACAUGAUGAACUGCGCGUUCGACGGCAUCGAUAUGGGCAGUGCUCGCCUGCGCGAGUGCAGCUUCCUGUUCUUCGGCAUCCUCUCACGUGUCUUCGGAGAUGACUUCGCCGUGUACCUGCCCAAGAUCGUUCCGGCCCUGGUGGCGAGCUGCCAGCAAGCGGAGCACGGUGAUGAUUCUGGAGCCGUCGCGACAUCGAACUCUGAGAACCUCGCCAACUUCGCGACGGGCACCUCGCCUGCGAACGCAAUCACUGUCACUGACGGCGAGAACGGCAGCGUCGAUAUUGAGGAGGAUGUCGACCUGGACAAGCUGCUCGACGUCAACAGCACCAUUUGCAUCGAGAAGGAGAUCGCCGCCGACACCGUGGGCACGUUGUUCGCCGCCACCCGAAGCCACUUCCUGCCUUACGUUGAGCAAUGCACGAUCGAGCUCAUCAGUCUGCUCCCGCACUACUACGAUGGUAUCAGGAAGUCCGCGGUGGACUCGCUGCUGGAGAUCGUCAGGACGUUCUAUGAGCUGAGCAGCCCCCAGGAGUGGACACCUGGUCUGACGGCUGCGCCCCUCAGUGCUCAGGUCGUGCAGCUCAUCAACCACAUAUGGCCUCCUCUCUUCGAGAUGUACGAGUCUGAGGACAACAAAAAGGUAGUGUCGUCCUUGUGCGUCGGUUUGGCAGAGACCAUCAACAAAGUCGGCCCCGGCUUCCUGGACGGACGUCUGGAGCAGGUCGGGACAAUUGCAAACCAGGUCCUUGAUCAGAAGGCUAUCUGCCAGCAGGACCCUGAUCAGGAUGAGGAGGAAGAAGCACCGGAGGAUCAGGCGGAAUACGAUUCUAUGCUUAUCUCUUCGGCAGGCGACCUUGUUGCUGCACUGGCAAACGCCCUCGGCCAGAACUUCUCACCAGCAUUCCAGACCUUCCUCCCUCUUAUCUCCAAGUACUAUAAAAAGAACCGGUCGUUGAGCGACCGUUCAUCCGCCAUUGGGUGUCUAUCGGAGAUCAUCGCUGGGAUGAAGGGCGCUGUCACGCCCUUCACGGAACCGCUUCUUGACCUCUUCUUCCGCGCACUAUCCGACGACGAGGCCGAAGUGCAGUGCAACGCUGCAUUUGCUGUUGGCCUCUUGAUCGAGCACUCUCAGCUGGACCUCUCGCAACACUACCUGAAGGUGCUCGCGUCGAUUCGUCCGUUGUUCGUCGUCGCCCCCGAUGCACCCGUCCUCCCUGUCUUCUUCGACGCCCUUCCGCUCAAGAACGACUACCUUGAGAACCGCCCCGUGUUCGCCGCCAUCUUCCACCUGUUCAAGACGAAUACGGCGGUGCUCCACCCGUACUUGGACCGCCUGCUCAGCGUCUUCGCCUUGUCCUCGACCCCAGCGGCCCCGAGCAGGUCGGCGACGAGAUCCGGGCAGAGCUCAUCAACCUGA